UCAGAUGGACAGAGACUUGGGACCAAGGGAUGCUGGAACCUUCCGCUUGGAUAUGUACCACUCUCUCACGGAGAUUUACGGCUACUUCGACUCGACUGUUCAGAAGCAUCCAAAUAUUUCAACGAGGCUAACUAUAGGGAAAACAGCAGAGGGAAAUGCCAUUCGGGGACUCAAGGUCAGCUCCGGUGGGAACUCAACACGACCGGCGAUCUGGCUAGACGGCGGUAUUCACGCCCGGGAAUGGAUAUCAACAGCCACAGCUCUGUACCUAAUCGAUACUCUACUCAGUGCCUAUGGCAGCGACGACGAGGUUACGAAGAUGGUGGAUACCUUUGACUGGUACAUUUUCCCGGUGAUCAACGCUGACGGCUACAAGUACACCUGGUCAACGCAUCGCCUCUGGAGAAAAAAUAGGGUGAGAAACUUCGGGAGCCUUUGUCGAGGUGUCGACCCCAACAGGAAUUUCGAUGCCCGCUUUGGUUUGACUGGAUCAAGCGCUAACCCGUGCGCGGAGAACUUCGCGGGGACAUUUCCUUUUUCAGAAGCUGAAAGUAGAGCCAUUCGAGAUGGGAUUGAAAAUGUCAAGGACCGACUUCAGGUGUACAUCAACCUCCAUUCGUACGGGCAGAUUGUCAUGAUACCGUACGGAUAUUCAAAGGGCUACACAAGUGAUUACAAGAGCCAGUAUGCGACACUCGAGAAGUUCGUGACAAGCAUUCGAAAAAGAAACAACGCAUAUUAUCGCCAUGGAACAGCCGGACAAACACUGUAUGUCACAGCUGGAGCUGCUCUGGAUUGGGUCUACGACAGGGCAAAGGUGAAACACUCGUUCGUCGUAGAGCUCCGCGAUCGAGGUCUGUUCGGUUUCAUCUUGCCGCGGGAGUUCAUUAUACCGACUGCAGAAGAAAUGCUCGACGGCCUCAAGGGUCUUACGGCGCACAUUAUGGCCACGGAACUCAACCUGUAA